GGGCGGGAGACAGCAGGGAGGCGAAGCUCACUUACGCCCUCCCCUCCGUUUCCCUCCCUGCGCGUGCGGGCGCGCUCCCUGCGUCCGUGGGGCGGGGCGGCUCCCUUCCCUCCGUCUAUCCGUCCGUCCGUGCCGCCGGGCGCGCGCUGCCCUGUGCUGAGCCGGGGCGGCGCCGCCGCGAGCGCCGCGGGGCCGGGAGCAGCAGCAGCAGCACCAGCGAAGGGGGGGUCCGGUAGCCGCGCCAUGCGGCUGUGCGGGGUGCUGCUGAAGAGCCCCGUCCCCAAACAGAUCGAGUUCUACUCCCGCUUCUCCCCCUCGCCCCUCUCCAUCAAGCAGUUCCUCGACUUCGGUCGUGACAAUGCAUGUGAGAAGACUUCAUACAUGUUUCUGCGGAAAGAACUUCCUGUGCGACUAGCUAACACCAUGAGAGAAGUCAAUCUGUUGCCUGAUAACUUACUUAACAGGCCUUCAGUUGGGCUAGUACAGAGCUGGUACAUGCAGAGUUUCCUUGAGCUUUUGGAAUAUGAAAAUAAAAGUCCUGAGGAUCCUCACGUUUUGGAUGACUUUUUAGAUGUUUUAAUUAAAGUCAGGAACAGACACAAUGAUGUGGUUCCAACCAUGGCACAAGGAGUGAUUGAAUACAAGGAAAAAUAUGGCUUUGAUCCAUUUGUUAGUAGUAACAUCCAGUAUUUUCUAGACAGAUUCUACACCAACCGCAUCUCUUUCCGUAUGCUUAUUAACCAACACACACUUCUUUUUGGUGGAGAUAUUAAUCCUGCUCAUCCCAAACAUAUUGGAAGUAUCGAUCCCAAUUGUAACGUGGCAGAGGUGGUUAAGGAUGCUUAUGAAACAGCUAAAAUGUUAUGUGAACAGUACUAUAUGGUGGCACCCGAUCUGGAAGUUGAAGAAUUCAAUGCUAAAGCUCCAAACAAACCUAUUCAAGUAGUCUAUGUACCAUCUCAUCUGUUUCAUAUGUUAUUUGAAUUGUUCAAGAAUUCAAUGAGAGCUACGGUAGAAUCACAUGAAGGUAAGAAAGAAGGCUAUCCAUCGAUCAAAACCUUAGUCACUUUGGGGAAAGAAGAUCUAUCUAUUAAGAUAAGUGAUCAAGGUGGAGGUGUACCUUUAAGAAAAAUAGACAGAUUGUUUAACUACAUGUACUCAACAGCACCCAGGCCUAGUUUGGAGCCCUCGAGAGCUGUGCCUUUGGCUGGUUUUGGCUAUGGCUUGCCAAUUUCUCGUCUGUACGCUAGGUACUUUCAAGGUGACCUUAAACUCUACUCAAUGGAAGGUGUUGGUUCAGAUGCUGUAAUUUAUUUGAAGGCCCUUUCAAGUGAAUCAUUUGAAAGACUUCCCGUUUUUAAUAAAUCAGCAUGGCGACACUACAAGACCACACCUGAAGCAGAUGACUGGAGCAAUCCUAGCAGUGAACCCCGGGAUGCUUCUAAAUAUAAAGCUAAUCGAUAAUUUGCCACCUCUUGUCUCUGUCGGAGAUGACCUCUGCAUUCAGUAUAAAGUCUCUGCUUUGUUCCAAAAUCCUUCAAACCACAAUAGCUAAUUACUUCCAAACAAAGACCUAAUCAGGGCAUUGAAAAAUAACAAGAACAAAGUGAUGAUUGGGACUUAAAGGAAGGCACUAAGCACGUUUGGUAUGUGAAUCCUGCCUACUUCACCAGAAUAUGCUUGGUUGCUUCAGUCAUGCAGCGACAAAAGGGAUUGCACUGUGGUUGCACUUAAGAAUGCAGUGUUGUAACAAAAAAGAUAUUAUUUGAAAUGGCCGAUUUUUAUUCCAGUAUGAAGAUUGGCAAAGAUAUGCAGAAUCCCUUUGAAUGGUGGAUGAUAUCUUACACAGCAAUACAGUGUAAGCGAAAAAUUCUAGUGUAGUUAAACAUAAGCUUUGAAAAUCCACUCUACUGCAUUUUAUAUUGCACAGUUGUCGUCACCUCUUCCAGAAAAUCCCUUUGAGCUCUUCAGAUUUUAUAUCCAGUGAGCUUAAAAAUGCGUACUACUAAAAAGGGUUGUGCAGCUUUAAACUGAUGCUUUCCCCAAAUCCAUUUGUCAAGUGCAUACGAAAUUUACGUUGUUGUAAGACAUUGGGAUUUUCACUUCUUGGUAUGCACAUUUAAUGAUUUUCUUGACACACAAACACAGAAAUGCAUUUCUAUACUUUUUUCCUUGUUUUGAGGAAAGAUCAUAAGUAGUUAAAUCAUUUCUCCAUGCAAGAAAUUCUGUCACUACAGGGGCAGGGGUUGAUUCCAUUUCAUGUUUAUUGCUUGUCAUUUCUGGGGGAACGGGGAAGGGAGAGAAAUGCUGAAAGGCCAGCCAGCCAGUCUUACAAAUGAAUUUGCCUUAAGAGUGUUGGUUGCUUGGAACCUGAUUAGUUUUAAACCUGUAAAUAGUUUGCAAAGUUAUUUAUAUAUUCAAUGUCUGACUAUAGUCUGGUAAUCUGAAUUUGUAGUGUAUAUAAAGAUGAUGUACACCAGCUUCUGGAAAGUGUCUUUGGUCUAAAUACAUCAAACUGGAAAUAUUGUAGAAAUGGGAGGGACAAAACGUAGCUGGUACCUGAUUUAAGGGAGAAAAAAGUCAAAGAGGAAAAAAACUAAGUAUUUUCCCCCUUAAAUUUAUUGUAAGGGUUACUGCUGAGUAUAUGAAACUAUUCUUCACCAAGUCUUUGCCAAAUACCAUUUCUGAUACAAUGGCCUUUCAGAAAAAUUUGUGAAGUUUAGAAGUUUUGAUAUCCUAGCCACAGGCAUAAAGUAAGUGAGUUGUAAGCAACUGUGAUGCGCCCUCAGUUUCUCUUGGGUGUUUUGAUAUUUUUUUUGAAAGAUAUUGCGGAUUUUAGCAUGGGAAAAUGAAAUUUGUUUAGGAAAACUGGGGGGGAGAACUAUCCCUUUCAUCCUCCCAAUAUUUAUUUUUAUAAAUAACUGAUCUGUUAGAUAAAUAGGGAAACGCUGAGUAAUUUCUUGAUAUUUAAAAAAAAAAUAAUCUCGUUUUGACUUAACGAUAGUACUUUGCACUUACAUAGCACAUUUCAUCGAAGGAUUACAGAGUGCUUUGAGCAAUAAGCUUCAUAUAGCCCUAUUUCUGAAGAGUCCGAGUCCUUGCCUUGCAAACCCUUACUCUUAAUCUGUUGCUGUCUGUUCAAGAAUUUGUAUGUGAAUGGUUAAUGAGUUUUCAGGCCUUGAGGUUCUAUGAGCUUCUCUUUGCUGAAUGCUGUCUAUUAGCUGGUGAGUGGUGCCCUUCUGAGCCCCCUCUGCCAGCAGGUAAGAAGAGGGAGCGUGCUGAUAAUAGAGCCAUCUUCUGUUCCUGAACUGGACUUGUUUGACCCUGGCUACUAGGGGAUCUUUACGCGGCACGGUGAGGGUAUAAUAAAGCAAUAAUUUCCCAUGACUGCAGGCACUGCUGCAGAGAAGGCGAAUUGCUAUUCAAGCGAUACAACUAUGCUGCUGAGGUGAAAUUGGAGUAAUAGUUUGACUGAAACACCAGUUGGAAGUCACAUCUACUAAAAUUUAGUUACUUAACUUCUGCCCUCACCCAUAACUUCUUACUGUUUCUUAAAUUCAUUUCAAGUUGUGUGUGUUUUCUAGCAAUUGCAGAGGGCUUGCUUAAAAAUAGAAAUUGGUGAUGAAACUAAUAUUUUUCCCAGAUGCGUGUGGUGUUUUUCCUAGACCAUUACCUAAAACAUUCCAAGGAACAAGAUAGUUUGUGUAAGAAGCUGAGUUCCAGCUUUUGUUAGAAAUUGUAUUUUGAAGUAGUAAAUCCUGACCUGGUGCUUCUCUCUGACUGUCUCCUUACACAUGAAGAGGAGAGGAAAGAGAGAAAAGAAAGAAUGCAGGUGUGUGGGACUUGUUUUCAUGAAGUAAACAUAAACCAUGGAAGCCAGUGAAUGAAAGCUGAAGGUACCACAGGGGAUGUUAUGGUAUGUUAGUAAUUUCACUUUAUUCUCAAAAACAACUGGCUGCCUUUCAGGGCAGAAGUGCUCUGGUACUUGAAAACCAAGGUCCCUUGAAAUGGUACCUAUCUCCAAGAAUCCUGAGUAUGUAUGAACAGCUCAAAGCAGGGAGAUAAACCACGAGGAAUGCAUUUUCUUUCCAUUUCCCAGGAUUUGUCUGUGGGCAUUACAGUGAUUAUGAGCGAGAAGCAACUUUUCUCCUCUCCAGCCUUCUCUAGGCAGCAUGUGCUGUAGUGGAGAUCCCAGGAACACCAUCAGUCCUUGUCCUUGUGCCAUGUUUCUGCAUAGAUGUAUUAGUCUUAGAACUUUUAGGAGACGACAGUAGCAGACCUUCCAAUUAGAUGAGUUUUUUAAUGGGUAUGCCUGAAAAAUGAGGGUGGAUGGAUUUUUAAUAUGGCUUGUUUAACUACAGAUACUGAACUUCUUUCAGUUACUUCUACCAUUGAUUGGAGUCUGUUGUAACUAUGUUUUAACAUCUUGGGGCUGCUGAUUCCAAACUUUCUGAUGAAAUAAAAGUAUAUUUCUUUUUUUAUGGAUAUCAGAUAUAAGGCCUGCUAAUGUUAUUGCAGCCUGCUUUGCUUGACUUACAGGACAUGCAAACAGAAGAAAAAUGUUUUCAGUGAAAAUGCUUCACAUCUGUUGUGUUUAGUGAUUAACAGAAACAAAAUGAGUAAGAGAUGUUCACUCCUCCAUUCUUCCUGAGAAUUUACAAACAACCUCUGUGUGUUGCAGUGUUACAGAGUUUAACUUCUUUGUCCAGCGUGCAUUUUUCUGGUGUAUGUGUCUUGAACACAAUCUAUUAAUCCCCCGCUUAAUUUAAUAUUAGUAGAUACUGAAGUCUCUCCAAAUCAUAGACGUGCUUUUACUCCCUGCUUUUCUAGGUAUUGUUUUGAGGCUAACAAGGAGUCUUUCAGCAUCGUCCCUGGAGAAAUAGUCACAAGAUACUGAAAUGCUUCUUUUACAACUCAAAUGCACAAUCUUUGCCCCUGCAAUUGACUGUCAUAACCUAGGAUAGUACUGAGAACGUCUUUGUCCUGCUGCAGUUUGUGCUACCUCUUGGGCAUUGUUUAAAGCAGGUCCUUUGACACAUGCUUAAAGAAUAUGGAUAUUAAUUGUAGUGUUCUUGGGAAACUCAGGCUACGUUUUGACUAUGUAAGCUACACCUGCUGCUCCAACUGGGUAACGUACUUCUCUUUGCCCUCAGUGGCGUGUAGAAUUUGCUUUGAAGCAGCUAUUCACUUUCUCCAAAAAGCGAGCAAGAGUGAUCUUUCAGUGUAGUGCUAUCUCCUAUUCACCUCCACCCAAACUUUGUAUUUAGGGUGAAAACUUGACCUCAUCGACGUGGAAGACAUUUUCCUUCCCCUUACCUUUAAUAAGCACUUCUAGAUCUGUGUUAGGUGCCGCAAAGUGGUCUUGAUUAACAUAAAUAAUUUUGUAGAAAACAGCCUAAAUGUUUAUUAUUAGUGUUUGAGGAUAACGAUGCCCCAUUGUGCAGUGUUGAGUUUCCUUGCAUGUUUCCUCCCAUGUUUCCUCAGUUGCAGUGGUUUCUAAUAGUUCUUCAUCCCUUCUUCCUGACAUACUUACCUGCCUAUGAAUUAAUAUAUAUAAAUGUGUUUUUGUAGAACUUGAGCGAAUAUGGUGAUACAUGACAGAACAGUGUAUUACUGAGCCCAAAGGUGAGUUUAUUCACAAAUUAGGAACACAGUUGUAAAUUGUGUAGUGACUUCAGGGCUGAAUCUUGCGAAUAGUUGCACAAGUAAACAGUGUAUGAGAGUAAUCCCACUUAAAUGAAUCUGUUCUCAGGAUCAAGACUUAAGCUGUUGAUGUUAAUUUGAAACAAUGAAGAUUUAUGUAUCUGAAGUGGCUUUCUAAUUAAAAAUAAAUAAGAAAACAUGAAGCUCA